AUGUGGAGAAGAACAUUAUCGAAAUCUUUAUUCCCCGUUCAAUCAACAACCAGGUUACUGCUGCCUAGAUACACUGCACCAAGGUGCAUUUCCCUUCCCUCUCAUUUCUCAACCUCCUCAAGACCAAGAUGUCUAUCCAUACAAGCCAGACCCCAAAAGUCUCGGAUAUACAGCACCCCUACAUUUAUCAGAUCCUUUCAUGCCAGUCCUAGUAAUAAGGUCCCAAUCAUACCUUUGCCAGCUGUGAUUGGUGCCUUGUUAAAAUCUGGAAAACUCGUCAGUCUGGUUUCAUUGUCUUCCAAGACUUCCAUGACCCUUUUACCCCAUUCGAUUGGAAAAGGUCGAGCAAAAUGGGUGGUGUCUCUAUUGGCUGGAAUUCCAAUUAUAGGUGUGGCACUUCUUCUGGUUGUUGGUCUUGAUCAGGCACCAAAUACUGAUCGUGUACGCUUUGUUUAUCUCUCGGAAGAAGAAGAGGCCGCACAAGUUAAAAAGGAAAUUGGAGGUUUACUAGAUAGUAUAUCUGGUCUGACAGUCAGUAAGGAUUCAGAAUAUAUCGAGUGGUUAGACACUAUUAUGGAAAAUCUUGCCAAGGUGGCUGUUGAUGACAUUCGUGAUCCAGUGCGUGAUUAUUCGGAGACUUUAGAAGGAAAGACACCAAAGAAGUUUACAGUCGAUGUUAUUGUGGACGGAAGCACCCUCAACGCCAUGUGUGCUGGUACAAACGUGAUUGUGUAUGACCUGAUGCUUCAAUUGUAUGGAUUCAAUACCGAUCAAAUUGCUGUAAUUCUUUCGCAUGAAAUGGCCCAUUCUCUUCAGCGCCAUUUCGUUGAGCAAAAUGGGCUGGUCUCGUUUUUGACUAUGCUUGUGGAUAUUACCAGAGGUGCACUUUGGAUGGUGACUGAAUCAUUUGGACCAUACGUCAAUCAAAAGAUCAAUGAUACCCUGAAUGGCUACAUACAGCUACAUACAAAUUUAUCUUAUAAUCGUUUACUGGAGAAAGAGGCUGACUUGGUUGGUCUUAAACUACUUGCCAAAGCAGGCUAUGAUCCUAGAGCAGCUAUAGAAGUUUGGACAACAAUGGCGGAUAUAGAAAAGACAAUCAAAAAAACUGUAGAAGAUGGUGAUAAUAAGGAAGGAACAUCGACCGAGAGUCUGCAUGCUGACCCACCCGAGACUUUUGAGGAUUUAUCGGAAUCCCUGUUGAGUGCUUGGUUUGGAGAGACCCAUCCCGCAAGUGAAGACCGGGUUACAUACAUGAAAGAGCACAUGGAUGAAGCUAUUGCGAUAUAUGAAGAGUCUAUCAAGAUCAAUGGUCAGCCUAAGGCAUAUAUCCUUAGCCAGUUCCGAAAAGAAGAGGAGCUAAUCACUAUACAAACUGAAAGUUUGAUGCAAAAGUUAAAGUCUAAAGUUAACGGUCUUUUUUGGUGGUGGUCAACACCAGUUACAGCUAGCACAAUUUAA